AUGUCAUAUCUUUUAACACAUUUACCAAAUGGAUGGGCAGUUGACCAAGCUAUUGUUACUGAGGAGGAUCGUGUUGUAGUUAUUAGAUUUGGUCAUGAUUAUGAUCCAGAUUGUAUGAGACAGGAUGAAGUUUUAGCUUCAAUAGCAGAAAAAGUAAAGAAUAUGGCAGUUAUUUAUGUUGUGGAUAUUACCGAUGUACCAGAUUUCAACAAAAUGUAUGAACUGUAUGAUAAUUGCACCACAAUGUUUUUCUACAGAAACAAACAUAUUAUGAUAGAUUUGGGUACUGGUAAUAAUAAUAAAAUUAAUUGGCCUUUAACAAGCAAGCAGGAUAUGAUUGAUAUUAUAGAAACAGUUUAUAGAGGCGCAAGAAAGGGUAAAGGUCUUGUUAAUUCACCAAGAGAUUUCUCUACUAAAUAUAAAUAUUAAAGAAAAAACAACAACAAUAAUAUAUAUACACACAAUAUAUUUAUAUUUAUGAAUAUAAAUCUAAUAAAAUUAAUAAAUUGUAAAUAAUAAUAAAAACAAAUAAAGUUUGUUUUGUUUUUUUUUUUUUUUAAAU